CGCCGAGGAGAAAAACACCAAACCCGAACCCCGACCAUGAGCGCUCCGAGACCGCGACAGGAACCGGCGGCCGCCGCCGUUACUGGACCGGAUUCGUCCGGGGAGAGGAAGCAAGGCGGCGGUGCGCUAAAGCGGCUCAAACCCCGCCGGAGCCAGACGGACCGGCGGCCCGCCACCGAGGAGGAGCUGCGCGGACUGGGCAGAGCCAUCACCCCGGAGGAAGUGCUGGGGCUGCGGACAGUCACUCGGGACUACCUGUGUAAACCUGAGGACAACGUCUACAACAUUGACUUCACACGCUUCAAAAUCAGAGACUUGGAGACGGGCACGGUGCUCUUCGAGAUCGCCAAGCCUCCACACUCAGAUUUGGAUGAGGAAGAUGAAGAAAACGUGGACGUGGACACGAGCGCUGGACGUUUUGUUCGUUAUCAGUUCACCCCAGCGUUUCUAAAGCUGCGCACAGUCGGAGCCACCGUGGAGUUUACUGUAGGCGAUCGGCCCGUGAACAGUUUCCGGAUGAUUGAGAGGCAUUACUUUAAGGACCGCCUCCUGAAGAACUUCGACUUUGAUUUCGGGUUCUGCAUCCCGAACAGUCGCAACACGUGUGAGCACAUCUACGAGUUUCCCCAGCUACCAGAUGACCUCAUUCGUCAGAUGGUGGAGCACCCGUACGAGACGAGAUCAGACAGCUUCUACUUUGUGGACAACAAACUCAUCAUGCACAACAAAGCAGACUACGCUUACAAUGGAGGCCAAUGAUGCUGCUGGGGGAGUUCCGGAUGUAUGUGUGAAUGUGUAUGGUGUAACGAUAGGACCACCCCUUCACUCCAAACACGUUAUGUGUCUUCACCAGCCUCUCUCUCUGUCUCACACACUCCCCCUCUGUAACCGGACCAGCUGUUGCUUCAGCGUUUUAUUCUGCACGCUGCCUCCACUGCCGAAAAUUUGGCCAAAAAAGGGAACCACCCGCAUCCUCUCCAUGUGCGCUACUCAGUUCGAGGAAUUAUUUAUACCUCACGCCCACCGCUGUGUGGGAACGACAUUAGAAACCAACUUUCUAACAGGUCAUCUCCUUCCAUCCCACGUUUAGUUUGGCUUUAACAGUUCAGUCAGUGGACUUUUGCUGCUUUUUGUUGAGGGAGCAGAGGAUCAACAGCUGAAAUUAGCAUCCAUCUUUUCUUUAUCUGAUCAGAUCUGUGUGGUUUCUCUUUAGAGAAUUCCCCUGACUGGGCUCCACCCACAAAUAUGUUCUUUCAUAGCUACUGUUGCUUGUUUGGACAAACUUUACAGAAUGCUGGUAAAAAAAUCCCAUUCA